AUGGCGUCCAAAGAUGGCUUCUCGUGGACCGAGUCCGAUGGUCUCAGCUCCGGCAUCCCCUGCAUUGGCGCAAUUGAACCAUCGUCGAAUAUCACCAACGAUGAGAGCGACUUCGAUGUCAUCGUCGUGGGUGCCGGCUACAGCGGGCUGACUGCGGCUAGAGAUGCCAGCACUUCCGGUUUGAAGGUCCUUCUGCUGGAGGCACGCGAUAGAAUUGGUGGUCGAUCGUGGUCGUCCGACAUCGCCGGCUACCCUUACGAGAUGGGCGGUACUUGGGUCUACUGGGGCCAGCCAAAUGUAUGGCGCGAAAUCAGCCGGUACGGGAUGCAAGACGAUCUCGAGAUAUCGUACGACUUCUCCAGAGGCCUCAAUCGCUACAUACUAGCCAGUGGGCAACAGUCGCAGCAUUUCACCCAUGACGAAGAGGACGCGUUGAUGGAGUCGGCCCUGUCGAAGCUCGUCAACGUCGACGGGUCAUAUGGCCGCGUUGCGGUGCCGUUCCCUCAUAGCCUGACCCUCAGUCCAGAAGAACGACGCUACGACCAAAUGUCUGUCGCAGCCCGUCUCGCCGAGAUCCAGAAUGAUCUCACGCCGAACGAACGCCUCUGCGCCGAAGCAUUCGUGCUUUUGUGCAGCGGAGCUACGCUUGAGACAACGAGCUUCUACGAGUUCCUUCACUGGUGGGCAUUGAGCGGCUACACGUACGAGGGCUGUAUCAACCACCUGGUCAGGUACAAGUUCAGGCACGGGCAAUCCUCUUUCGCGAUUCGCUUCUUCAGGGAGGCUGAGGCGUCAGGCAACUUGUCUUACUCCUUCAGCCGACCAAUCUCCAGGAUUAGGGACCUCGGGUCCCGCGUUGAAGUCAUCGCACGCGACGGCAAGACCUUUCGCGCGAAAAGGGUGAUUAGUGCUAUUCCUUUAAAUAUUCUGAAUGAUGUGCAGUUCGAACCUCCUCUGUCACCUGGAAGAAAGGCGGCAGCAAACGUUGGACACGUCAAUCAGACCGUCAAGGUCCAUGUCGAGACCAGCGAUAGGGAUCUGCGUUCCUUCACUGGCAUUAGUUAUCCACAUAAUGGGUUGAUAUAUGGUUUCGGCGAUGGCGAAACGCCGGCGGGCAAUACGCAUAUUGUCGCCUUCGGCGGACAGCACAACCACUUUCACCCGGAGGACAACAUCUCCAGGACAAUUGCAGCCUUCAACGGAUUUACACCGAUGAAGGUUGACAGAAUAGUCUUCCACAACUGGUCACGAGAUGAGUUCGCGAAGGGGGCAUGGUUCUUCCCGGCCCCCGGUUUGCUAUCCAAUCAUUUGAAGGACCUGAGGGAACGGCAAGGAAGCAUUCUUUUCGCAUGCUCGGACUGGGCGAUUGGCUGGCGCAGCUUCAUCGACGGAGCAAUCGAGGAAGGGACUCGCGCGGCAGCCACUGAGAUAAAAAUUUACGUCUUGAUGUUCUCACAUUAUGAGUAA